CAAACCGUACAAACAAAUACAAACAAUAACACAGUUAAAAUAUAACCGACCUUAUCAUUGUUGUUAUCUCUAUGUACAUUUUAUAGAUACAUAAAUAGUUACAAAACUUUAUAUUUAUUUGGUUUUCGCCAGUAGUUAUUUGUCGGUAACAUUGUUUGUCAAAUUUAACAUUUAUGAAAUAAGUAACCAAUAUUUAUUGGCUUUUUAUUAACAUUCUUCUAUUUAUAGACGAAAUAACUAGUCAAUUGUCACACCAAAUGUUAUUAAUUUACAAAUGUGUUGUUAAAUGUUAAAGUUCGUGUAACAUUCUGAUAAGAAAUGUAUGACAAUAAUCUACUUUUACUUUCAUUAAUAUUCUUAACUUUUAUAACAAACUGCACACCAAGUAAACCAAUUGUUAUAACAACUUGGACUUUCGUUAAUGCUACAGUGGCUGCUUGGGAAGUACUAAAGGAUGGUGGGAUAGCUCUGGAUGCUAUACAAAAAGGUGCUUCAGUAUGUGAAGAGCAACAAUGUGAUGGCACUGUGGGCUAUGGUGGAAGUCCAGAUGAAGAUGGUGAGACUACAUUGGAUGCCCUAUUAAUGGAUGGGAGUACAAUGAAUGUGGGUGCUGUUGGUGCAUUGCGCAGGAUAAAGAAUGCAGUUGGUGUUGCUAGACAUGUUUUGGACAAUACAAAACACUCAAUACUGGUUGGAAGUCAAGCUACACAGUUUGCUUUGCAAAUGGGAUUUCAUGAGGAGUCCCUCACUACCCCAGAAUCUAAAAAGCUUUGGUCUACAUGGGCUAAUGAAAAUAAUUGCCAACCAAACUUUUGGAUGAAUGUCAAACCCAAUCCUAACAAAUACUGUGGACCAUAUCAUAAUCACAUGUCUAAAGAAAGAAUAAAAUAUAUGGAAGUGGAUAGAUACAAUCAUGACACUAUUGGCAUGGUGGCAAUAGAUAAUAAUGGAGAUAUAGCUGCAGGGACAUCAACAAAUGGAGCCAAAUUUAAAAUACCUGGAAGAGUAGGUGACUCGCCAAUACCAGGAUCUGGCGCUUAUGCUGAUAAUGAAGUAGGAGCAGCAACUGCUACAGGAGAUGGGGAUAUUAUGUUAAGGUUUUUGCCCAGUUUUCUAGCUGUGGAAGAAAUGCGUCGUGGAUCAUCACCAACAGAAGCUGCACAAACUGCAAUUAGGAGGAUAGAAAAAUAUUACCCAGAAUUUAUGGGAGCUGUAGUAGCAUUGAAUAAGGAUGGGGAAUAUGGGGCAGCAUGUCAUGGUUUAGAAGGAUUGCCAUUCCCUUUUGUUGUAUAUGAUAAUUCUCAUGCCAAGUAUAAAGUACAUACUGUGAACUGUGUCUAAAUAAAUAUGAUGUCAAUAAAA